AUGAGACUCCCUCAGUCGCUAUUCUUGCUGGCGGUGGCCGGGUCCUCUGCCCGAGCUAGCAGUGACAAGACUGCCCGCCCCCGUGGUGUGGCACCUGAAUUUGCGAAAUUCUACCAGGAUGCCAAAACAUUCACCUGUAUCUCCAAUCCCGCAGUCCAGAUCCCCUUCUCGGCCGUCAAUGAUGACUUCUGUGAUUGCCCCGACGGCAGCGACGAGCCCGGCACUGCUGCCUGUUCCCACCUCUCGCGCAAUUCCCCACUGAUGGUGGCCGAUCGUCCCGGGCAUAGUGAUUUGGAGUUGGAGCUCGCAUUGCCUGGGUUCUACUGUAAGAACAAGGGUCACCGGCCAUCAUACGUGCCAUUCCAGCGCGUCAACGACGGAAUCUGUGACUACGAGCUAUGCUGUGAUGGUAGCGAUGAAUGGGCUCGUCCCGGAGGCACCAAGUGCGAGGACCGAUGCAAGGAAAUCGGCAAGAAGUGGCGCAAGGAGGAAGAAGCAAACCAAAAGUCUAUGACUGCGGCCUUGAAAAAGAAGAAGCAACUUCUCGUGGAAGCCCGUCGACAGGAGCAGGACAUCCAGGAUAACGUUUCCCGACUGGAGGCUGAAAUCAACGUCGCAGAGGCCAAGGUCCAGAGCCUUGAGGCUGAGUUGAAGGUCGUCGAGGAGCAGGACCGGAAGGUUGUUCGGACCAAGGGCAAGGGCAAGGUUAAUGCGCUUGCCGGUGUCGCAAAGGCUCGUGUGGACGAGCUGCGGGAGAGCAUUGUGGAGCUUCGCCAACAGAGAGAUGAGACCCGCGAGCGAAUGAAGGAGCUUGAGGAGAUCUUGUCCAAGUUCAAGAUUGAAUACAAUCCCAACUUCAACGAUGAGGGCGUAAAGCGCGCUGUGCGUAGCUGGGAGGACUAUGCUGCUCGUGAUCUUGGUGAUGUUAUCAACGAUGCCAAGGAACGUGACUUGGACGAGAUUGUCAAGGCCGACGACAAGGACUCCGGUGUCGACUGGGAGCACUGGGAGAACGAAGAAGACGGCUGUGCCGAUUCUGACCUAGUUUACAAGCUCGCGGCUUAUCUUCCGCCGUCCGUAGUCGAGUUCAUUGAGGAUCAGGUUAUCUCUGUGAGGGCUUUCCUUGAAGAGAAUGGAGUGUUGGCCAAGCCCAACACUGAUUCCUCUACCGAAUCCAAGGCUGUGACUGAGGCGCGUGAUGCACUCAAGUCCGCCCAAGGCUCUCUUGAAAAGUUGAACAACAAAAUCGGUGACCAGCGAUCUGAUUUGGAAAAGGACUACGGUACUGCGGGUAUUUUCCGUGCUUUGAAGGGCCAAUGCAUUGAGAAAGAUGCUGGCGAGUACAAAUACGAGCACUGUUUCUUGGACUCAACGAAGCAGGUGGCAAAGAAGGGUGGGUCAGUCACAUCCAUGGGCAAGUUCACCCAGAUCGCAAUCACGACUGUUGAGGAGAUCAACGAAGCCGGAGAUGUCGUCACCGUUGAGAAGAUCGCUUUGGAAUACGAGCGUGGCCAGUCCUGCUGGAAUGGUCCCAACCGAUCUACCAGGGUUGUCUUGGAAUGUGGUGAGCAAAAUGCAAUCCUGAAGACUGCUGAGGACGAAAAGUGUGUUUACUCUAUGCUUGUGACUACUCCGGCUGUCUGCCGUGGAGGUGAAGAUGAUGUGCCUCGUUCAAAGGAUGAGCUGUAA